CAUGUCAUCCCCGUUAUGCGUUCUGUCUCAAAAUGAGAACCUCUCCGUGUCUUUCUGCGGUUCUGGCUUUCUAGCUACAUACCAGCUCGGUGCUGCGCAGAGUCUUUUGGAUAACGCGGCCUGGAUCCUGCAAGGAGCUCCGAGGGGUCUACGGCGCGUCUGCCGGUUCCCUCGUCGCUGCAGCGGUCGUCUGUGGCUCCAAUCUAGGACGUGUUCGAGACCAGCUUUUGGAGUUUGCGCGAUUUACUAAACAGCAUCCGCUCGGUCUUCUCAGUCCCACGGUGGAUAUUUUCCGGUGGCUGGAGGUCACACUGCAGCGCUGUCUGCCUGAUAACGCACACACUCUGGCCAGCGGCCGUCUGCACAUCUCCAUGACUCGCAUCUCUGAUGGAAAAAAUGUAAUCGUGUCAGAAUAUAAUUCCAGUGAUGAGUUUAUUAAAGCACUUUUGUGUAGCUGUUUUGUCCCUGUAUAUUCUGGAGUGAUCCCACCGCAGUAUAAAGGUGAGCACUAUAUGGAUGGAGGUUUCACAAACAUCCAGCCCUUCGAGGAUUCCUCUCCCACCCUCACCAUCUCGCCGUUUGCUGGACACAUGGACAUCUGUCCGUCCGAUACCUCCACCAUCCUGUGCGAUGCUAUCAUCCAGCAGCUCUCCUUCCAGUGCUCCGUCACUAACUUCAUCAGGCUGGUGGACGCCUUGUUUCCUCGGGACUGGAGGAUUCUGAAGAGGGCUUUCUACAGUGGGUACCAAGAUACCGUAUACUUCCUGCAGCAGAGCAGUGAGUUUUAA